CUCUCUCUGCUCCACUUCUCGCCUCCAGUCGGACCCGCGCUUUCGCCGCGUUUAAGUUCCUGCCACAUUAUUGGUGCGUGAGCAAGUUUCCCACUGUUGUGGACACAGCGCCGCAGCGGCAGCACCAUGGAGCCGUACACGGUCCCCGGAGCUCAGCUCUCCCUGUCCGACCUCUACUCCGUCAUCCCCUUCAAUGUCACCUUCCCGGACGAGGAGAGCGGCUUGAUGGGCGACAGGCUGCAGAACUACACCGAGCAGCAGACUCCGGUGAGGAGCACCGGGGGUAUAAUCAUUGCCAUAUCCAUCACGGCUCUCUACUCCGUCAUCUGCGUGGUGGGACUUGUGGGCAACGUCCUCGUCAUGUACGGGGUGGUCAGGUACACCAAGAUGAAGACGGCCACGAACAUCUACAUCUUCAACUUGGCUCUCGCCGACGCCUUGGCCACGAGCACGCUGCCCUUUCAGAGUGCCAAAUACCUUAUGAACACCUGGCCGUUUGGGGAGGUCCUGUGCAAGCUCAUUAUCGCCAUCGAUUAUUACAACAUGUUCACGAGCAUCUUCACCCUCACCAUGAUGAGCGUGGACCGCUACAUCGCCGUGUGCCACCCGGUCAGGGCGCUGGGGUUUCGUACGCCGGUCAAGGCCAAGCUGAUCAACGUGCUCAUCUGGGUGCUGUCCUCAGCGAUUGGGGUUCCCAUUAUGGUCAUGGCUGUGACCAAAGUGGCUGAUAAUGGUAAAACCAUGUGCAUGCUGAAGUUCCCUGACCCUGACUGGUACUGGGACACAGUGACGAAGAUCUGCGUCUUCAUCUUUGCUUUUGUGGUUCCCGUACUGGUCAUCACCAUAUGCUACGGCCUGAUGAUCCUUCGUUUGAGGAGCGUUCGUCUGCUCUCGGGCUCCAAGGAGAAAGACCGCAACAUGCGCCGGAUCACCCGCAUGGUGCUGGUGGUGGUGGCCGCCUUCAUCAUCUGCUGGACCCCGAUCCACAUCUUCAUCAUCGUGAAGACCAUGGUGGAGAUCGACACCAGGAACCCCCUGGUGAUAGCCAGCUGGCACCUGUGCAUCGCCUUGGGCUACACCAACAGCAGCCUCAACCCUGUGCUCUACGCGUUCUUGGAUGAAAAUUUUAAGCGAUGCUUCAGAGAUUUCUGCCUCCCCUGUCGGACCCGCGUGGAGCAGAACAGUCUGACCAGAGGCCGCCACACCACCAGGGAGCCCGUCUCCAUCUGCGCUCCGACAGAAGCGGUGAAGAAGCCGGCAUGACUAGGCAUGGACUGGGUCCCCCACAGCUCUCGCUCGAGGAGGAUCCAACAAGAUCUGCAGUCGGAGGUAACGCAGAUCUCCACGACAGAGUUUUAACAUGUCCUCACAAGAAAAGCAAGUCUCAAAAUACAGUGAUAUCACUUAAUCUCUCCAGUUUGGCUGACAUACUGGAAAUUCAAAGGAAAAACGCUAAAGAUGAUGGGAAAUAAGCUUCAACCUGAUCACACAGUGGAAUCUUAUUUCACACAGGGAAUGUGAUGAGUUACAAAGGCAGUGACAAGAGAUGAGGAGAAUGUGAAUUUGAUAAAAACAAGGUUACAAAACAGAAAAUCCCCAGCUCACGAUUUACCCAAAGGACCAAGGGCGCGAGAGUACAGGACGUUCUGAUGAUGCAAAAAAGGACAAAGAAACAGCCGCAGGUUUCUGUAUUGUCAAGCAAAGAACGCCUCAUUCAGGCACGACCCAUUGUGGUAGAAAAGACGGGCUGAAUAAUGUGCCACAAAAGAAUGAAACGACGGGCCUUUUCAAGUCGAACUUUGAAUCAAAUUAGAUUUUGGUGUUUUUGAAAGAGAGAGAAAACUUUUUUCGUCUGUAUCUUUAAAGUCCAUGUAAAAAAAAACAAAAAACAAAUGAGCCUCGCAGAGCAGAACCAUACCGCAUAUCCACCGACAGCUGGAUGAUGGGUUACAGCACAA